AUGCCGAUCUAUGACGGGGAUGCGUCCAUGUUCCCCAAGAUAGCCUCACUCUUUAGGAACGACGCCUCUAGCUUCACCAAUCUGGAGUUCUUCCACACGACACUGCCAUAUAUGCAGGGCACGUUCUGGGAUGAUGACAAUCCCGACUAUGAUACGUCUAGUGACGACAGUCCCACGGACGAAGACGAUGAGAGGUCCAAUAAGCGUCUUCCAAGCUGUGAGGAAGCACCGAAACUUCGUUUCCUGGAACUCAGAGAUUGGAGUACGACAGACGACCCUACUCUGGAAGAACAUUUUCUUGACGGCCCAAGGAUCUGGAGUCCAACUCAUCUCAGUCUUUUGGAUUGUGGACCCCUCACUGAUGGUGUAGGUAAUCUUCUUCGAAGGUUCAAGGAUCUUCAAAGCCUGAGGAUUACAUCCGGGUUGGUACCUAACAGCAAGCGAGACUUUAUGUAUGACCCUAUCCACAUACACGCGGCUGUAGCUUCGAUCGCAGACGUUGAACAUACUCUGGAGGAGCUCGAGUUUGAUCCCGGACCAUGCGAGCAAUGGGGUCGCGGUUCGUUAUAUUAUGGCAAUGAGUUUUAUCAGUCCUCCGCCUUUCUAUACUUCCGCAAGUUGCGACGCCUGCAAGCACCUCUGGAGAUGUUUUCACAGGCUACGGGAAAGAUGCUCCGCGACGACCAAUCCCAUAACUUUUACACCAACUUCCCACAAUCGCUCGAGAAGCUCACACUGGUUGUCACAUGCAGAGAGCCCUUCCAUCAAGCGCUCGAGGGUAGUCACAUCCUAUCCAGUGAUCAGGUUGUCCUUGAGGAUCGUAUCGUGAACAUCAGCGAGCUUGAUUGUGAGACUGAAACAUACGAAAAGGCUCACGAGUUGUUUGGGGAGCUAUCACGACCGAUUGUCCAAAAGGAUCGCCGACUACCUGUUCUUCGAGAGCUCCAUUUGAUUAGGGAUCCCUGUCAAUGGCUUUUUUGCGAACACGUCAAGCAAGAUAUACGACUGUUGGAGUACGCUGGUAUAGCCGUAUACGUGCACGAUAGAAAGAUCGAAGGUCCUGCUCAGACCUUGGAACGAUCAAGAGAGGACAUACACGAUAUUAUCUUGAGAGACUCAAAACACAGACCCAAAGCUUUGCAUUUGCAACUCAAAAUCGAACUUUCGUCUCGCAUCAGGCUGCCGAAUAUACUCUCUAGCAAAGAUGCUAUAACGCUUGCGUCGGCUGUUGGAACACAGAGUGGUUUUGAGAAACAGUACGCUGUCGACCGAGGCACAACUCACGCUCUCGAGAGAUACACCUCUGAUCCGCAGACUUUCAUGCAUUACGACAACUAUGAUGUGGCCCAAGAGAUUUACGGCACGAAAUGA